ACUCCCCUUUAACAGCCUGAACUGAGGCUGCCGGCCGGGCGCGUCCCCUUUAACUGAGUCGACCCCGCAGCUCGGGUCCUCUGAAGUUCUGUAUCCAGAGCGAGCACCACGGAGGCUGGAAGUGUGUGUUUUCUGCUGAGAAAGCUCUGCUCAGGGUGUUAUUUCCCUUCCUGCUGCCUCCUAACCCAGAAAGGAAGCGGCGAGCGAGCGAGCGUGCGCCCACAGCUGCUUUCAUGGUAAACUAACAAACCCAGCAGACUCCCCUCCGAUCAUGACUCUGUCAGCCUGUUGACCCUGAAGCUUCCCGACGCCGUGCAGUCAGGCGCAGGCAGCUGGAAGCUAGCCAACCAGCUAGCCAGCUAGCAUGCAGCAGUUGCCUGGUGUUUCCAGGAGGCGGCGCUGCUGAGAGGUGAGCGGUGGGAGCUGAGAGUGUAGCCGCCGGGCCCGGCCAUGGAUGACUUCACCACCAGGACGUACGGCACCAGCGGCAUGGACAACAGACCUCUGUUCGGGGAGACCUCGGCACGGGAUCGAAUCAUCAACAUGGCAGUGGGGGGAUUCACAUCUGUGGUUGUUUUAGUGACUGUUAUCAGCUCGUUCCUCUUCCCCUCGUUGCCUCCUCGACCGCUCAAUGUCUUCUUCGCCAUCUGCAUCCUGUUAGCCUGCGGAUCCGCUUUAGUGCUGAUCUUCUGGUAUCGGCAGGGCGACCUGGAGCCUAAAUUUAGGAACUUGAUCUACUUCAUGCUGGCGUCCAUCGUGCUGCUGUGUCUAUGUGCCAACCUCUACUUCCACGACGUCCCGCGGUAGAGACGGGGACGAGGAGGAGGAAGAAGGGAAGACAUGGCCUUGACAGACAGAGACACACAUAUACGUGGAAGGACUGAACAGAGAGACACGUGGACCACGAUCGAAGGAAACUCAUCACACGUUCAUGUGACGGAGCGAAAUGAAGCGAACCGAUGGAGGAAACGUGUCCGAGCUGUGAGCGCUGAGACACGACGCCACAGCAGAGGAAUCAUGAUGAAGAGACUCACUGCUGAGGAUGAACUCUUUAAUGAAGCAGGUGUGUUUACAAGCACUUAAUAUUUACAGUCAUAUCCUUAUCACCAAAACAAGCACUAAUCCUGAAACCAGGGUCCGGUAUGAUCCAGCAGUUAAAGGAAAAAUCUGCCCUGAUUGAGCUGUCUGAUAUCAAACUGUGAUAUCGUCCAGAAUCACUGCCAGGACACAGCGGCCAUGUUGUUUCUCUCGCUCACUGUGGAAGCGUUUUUUAAGUUCUAUAAACGACAAAGUCAAACUUCACAACAUGUUUUUAUCUCGUCCUUUAAGUUUGUGUCAGGACCAAAACUUUCCAACCAUUCCUCCAAACCUGCAGCCAACCAGGAAACCUGCCAGUGGUGCGUUCAGGGUUUGAAAAUAUCAUGGGAAAUGAGCCACACAAAUCACACCAAACUUAUUUUACUUUCAAUUAUGUUUACAUUUACGUCUCCUCAUCCUCUCAUUGCACCAAAGUGAAGCCAAAAUACUCCUCCAGUGAAGGCGCUGGUGUUGACAUCACGCCACUUCCUGUCACCUAAACUCACAUUUAACUUCCUGAUGAAGCCUCAGAGUUCCUGUGAGUUUGAAGCAGACUCUCACGGUUACAGGAAGUUCAGUGACCCUUGUUUUGGCGGGGUUUUUACACUUCCUGUGUCCAUUCCUCCUCUACUCUCGAGAUCCGGUGCACGAGGAUCAAAGAUGAACACUCGGACAUGAAUUGGCGUGAUACAAGCCAACUAUAACGACAGAAACCGCCUUUAAGAAACAUUUAUUUGGCGUGUAUUUUCAAUUUAAAGUUUGACCCAUGUGCCAUCUGUUUAUAUGGAGGAGGCGGAGUCUAUGAUCUCAGUAGAGAGAGCUCUGCAUGUUUUGGCUUCACUUUGGGGUUGAUUUUUAACACAGUCUGUACGUAGAAACAUGUUUUCCAGAUAUUUACACAAACAGAGGAGUUUCUUCUUCAUCAAUCAUAUCAUGAUUUAACAUUUUGAGUUGACAGACGUCUUGAAUGCAUCAUCGUCUCUGAUUUGGGGAAAAGGUGCUACUUUCUUUAUCUGAACAAAAACCUCUGGAGACGUAAACUCUGUGACCUCAGAGCUCUGACUCCGCUUUGUGACAUUCUCUGAUCUCAAACUGAACAUUCAAACUUUUAUCCUCUCAGAGGAGCGUGUGUUUGUUUUUUAACAGGGCGGAUUUUUCCUUUAAUCGGAGUGCCAUCAUGCCUCCCCUCCCCUCCCCGUCAGUACUGUAGACUGUAGCACAAGCAUUUAACAGCAGCAGCAGCAGCAGCAGCAGCAGCAGCAGCAGCAGCAGCAGCAGUAGUAGCACGGCAGCUUCACGGCUCUGUGGAGACAGAAAUAUGCAACACUUUCUUUUCUUUGCUUCUUUUUCUGCGUCUCUCCGCUGAGCUGAUUAUCACGGCUGGAUUUAAUGAAGUUUCCAAACCGAGUCUCACUAAGAGGAUUUUUAUUUUAUUAGAAACUCAGAGACUGACUGCCAACUCUUUCACUGACUGUGUAAGCCAUACACACACACACACACACACACACACACUCACACACACAGGCUCAGACCAGCUGCACCAAUCAUGAAUGAGAACGACUCACGUGGCUUCACUCUGCAGCUUCUCUCACCUCUCUGUAUCUCACUGCCGCAAACUUUGCACUGAAAUAAUCCUCCCAGGUUCAAUCCUGACGUCUGUCCGUCUGUCCGUCUGUCUUUACAUCAAAUCAGAAGAAUCAUGAGACUGUUUCAGGAGCUCUGAAUGUUCAGUGAGGUGUCAGCUGAUCCAAACACUCGCUAUGCUGUAAGUCUGAAGCUUGUUUCUUAAAGCACCUUAGUUCAAUUCUGAAAAUCCUAAAAAGAAACAUCCAAAUUAAAGUUUAAAGAAGACGAAGAGAAACUGAGGGGUUUAUAUUUCAGGAGCUCGCUUCUCCUGAAAUAUCGUGGGAUGCACCGGUGCGAAAAUCAGAGCUGAUACCGACGAAGUUCAAAACAACAAAGCCGAUUCUGAUGACGAUGUUUUCUUACGUUACUUCUCUAAGUUUUCACGUCUGUUUUUGAAACAAUAUAUUUAAAUUGUUGGAAGUUCAUCCUCUGGAACUCGUCUCACGAACUUCACGUCUCCAAUCAUUCUCAGAGACGAUGCAACGCUCCCUCACUGCCCACGUAUUCUUCACAUUCACAGUUUGUCCACCAGGGGGCGUCUUCUUCUCUCUGAAUCAACUGCCAGAAUUAAACUGAUGGACUCAAAACAUAAACAUCGGCUAUUGUGGAGUCUGAUGUUCAUACCUCGGUGCAUCCCUGACCUUUGCUACUCUCAGCGCUAACCGCUAUAGACGACAAGAUGCAGCGAGCACUUUAAUUUAUUAAUAAUUAAUCAAUCGUGAAAGAGUCUGCGAUGAGUUUCAUUUGAUUUAAAAUAAGAUGAAUAAAUAAAAUAAUAAAUUCAGUUGAUGUUUAGUUCAGAAGAGUUCGUCUAAUAUUUAAAACAAGAGGUCAAACUGUUCUGGAUUUUUAACGUUGAUACCGAGACAGAUUGCCGAUAUUUGGAGCCGAUAUGUAAAAGUAAAAAUCUUUGUCAAAAUUUUCAGUUUUGAAUAUCAAACUCCGACACAAGACCGACUUUAAACGCUUUUAUACAUAAGAGUUCACAAGUUACAGAAUAUUUGCACCAAACAGCCAAUCAGGUCGUGUUGUGGGCGGGACAUCGGGUAAAACAGACCAAUAGGGAGAGUGGACCCAAAGUAGCGCACUUUUUAUCGAAUGUGUUAAUUUUGUAAAAUAAAAUAAACGCCAAAUAUCGACCGUGAUAAGAUUUAAACUCACAGGAGAAGUUAACUUUCAUUCUGAUCGAGGUUUUUGGUCCAGAUGUGAUUACACGUGGACGAGCGGGAGCCGAGCUGUCGGUCAGCAAACACUACGUAAUCACGAAACACUCGUGCUAGCUUGGUUAGGUGCGUCAGCAGAAUUUUUUAAGGCGUUUCAGAGUUUUAGAGCAAUAAUAAUCACUUGCUUCCCAACAGCGUCCUCACAUCGUGUUCACUGAUAAUUAUUGAAAAUGAGCUUCCCUUUGCUCAGAGUGUUUUUAAGCACGGAUCAAUGAAAGGCCAUUUUCUCCCGGUCACCAUGGUAGCCACGAGUCAGUCACAGGUAGCCAUCCGAUAAAGGAUCCUAUGCAGAUGUAGACAGGAUUAUAAUUUACAGAUCUAAUGUCAUGAUGUGUUGAAGACUUGAAACUACAGAUUGAGAUCAUGAACUCAUCAGAAACACAUUUUCCCUGAGGUGACGAAUCGGCGUGAUUUUUCAUAGACUUCUAUAUGAUCAGACUUAGUGGCGCUGCCCCCUGCUGGCCGUGAGACAGAGUGCAGGUUUUAAAUCAUCUCUUCUUUCAAACCGGCGACGUCUGAAGUCGCCUCCUGCGUUUGUUUUUCUGUGCAGCGUUUCUUUCCUUGUUUUGCAGCCGUAGAUUUGUUUACAGUCAAACUUUGAGUAAACACAACGUUUACCUGACAAAGAGCUGAAGUGACAAAGAGACUGAGGGGCGACACGAGCCCCGCCUUCCACCGGAGGAAUCAAACCUCACCACGACUUUAGGAUUGUCAAAGCCAUGAGUUUCUGUUUUUAUUUAUUUCAUCUGUUUCAUGGAAUAAAUAACUCUAUAUCCUGA